AAUAGGUUCGAUAUCUUUAUCGAUCGGUUCUUCUUCCCCGAUCCCUGCCCUAACCUGGCUGGACAUUCCUCAAAGAAAAUCCUGCCGAUUUCGCCGAUUUCGUGUUGACGUCCGUCGAAAUCUGAUCGUCGUAGAGGCAGAUCGGAGAGGCGUCUCCGCAACCUUUUGCUCGGAGAUGUCCUCCUCGGGGCAGCCGCAGUUCCGGUACACGCAGACGCCGUCGAAGGUGCUCCACCUCCGGAAUCUGCCGUGGGAGUGCACGGAGGAGGAGCUCGUCGAGCUCUGCAAGCCCUUCGGCAAGAUCGUCAACACCAAAUGCAACGUCGGCGCCAAUCACAACCAGGCCUUUGUUGAGUUUGCGGAACUUAAUCAGGCAAUCUCGAUGAUCUCAUAUUAUGCAUCUUCAUCUGAACCUGCACAAGUUCGUGGCAAAACUGUUUACAUACAAUAUUCAAACAGGCAAGAAAUUGUAAACAACAAGGCCUCCGGUGAGGUUGUUGGGAAUGUUUUGCUCGUUACCAUAGAGGGCGUGGAAGCUGGUGAUGUCAGCAUCGAAGUUAUUCAUUUGGUGUUCUCUGCAUUCGGAUAUGUUCACAAAAUUGCUACUUUUGAAAAGGCUGCUGGUUUUCAGGCUCUGAUCCAGUACACUGAUGCAGCAACUGCUUCAGAAGCUAGAAAUGCCUUGGAUGGAAGAAGUAUCCCAAGGUACUUGCUUCCAGAGCAUGUUACAUCUUGCCACUUGCGGAUUUCUUUUUCUGCACAUACAGAUUUAAAUAUCAAAUUCCAGUCCCAUCGGAGCAGGGAUUUCACUAACCCUUACCUUCCUGUGAAUCCUUCUGCAAUCGAGGGUACUUUACAGCCUGUUCUUGGUCCUGACGGGAAAAUGAAGGAGCCUGAGAGUAAUGUGCUGCUUGCGUCCAUAGAGAAUAUGCAAUAUGCUGUCACAGUUGAUGUUCUUCACACAGUGUUUUCAGCUUUUGGUACUGUCCAGAAAAUUGCAAUAUUUGAGAAAAAUGGUGGAACUCAGGCAUUAAUUCAGUAUCCAGAUGUGACCACUGCAACAGUUGCCAAAGAGGCUUUGGAGGGACAUUGCAUUUAUGAUGGUGGCUAUUGUAAGCUUCAUCUGUCAUACUCUCGUCAUACGGAUCUCAACGUGAAGGCAUAUAGUGACAAGAGCAGGGACUACACGGUUGCUGACACAGGGAUACUUGCAGCGCCACAAGGUUCCUCCGUGACUAUUGUUUCCACUGGUUUGCAAGCUAAUCCUCAUGUGGCAGGAACCUUUGUUAGCAACGUGGGCAUGCAACAGGCAUUUCCAAACAGACAGAUGCCUUCUUGGGAUCCAAAUAAGGCCAACUAUGCGUCGAUGGGUGGGACGUUCCCCGGCCAGCCAUUUGGUCCUUCUGCUGGUGCACCGUACCCAGCCUCAGCUGCCCGUCCCACUGCAUCAGCUGGUUAUGUCCAAGCUUCACAACAGAUGCCCCAGUAUGGUAUUCAGCCAAGGCCUGCUACGGCCAGGGGCGCACCAUUCAUCGGACAUCCUCCUAGGUAUUUCUAAGUUUGCUACUCAGUUAAAUCCACCCUGGCACUCCCUAUUUUGUUCUGCUGUCUCAACCCACUGUUUGGAGAUUCUGCAACUUUGUUAUUUGAUUGCACUAGAUUGUUCUGAGCUAAAUGGGUCCAAAUCUUUUAAUGUGGUUUUCAGCAA